AUGGACGACGGUUUCCAAUUCAUCAUCGAGUCUCCCCAACACUCACAAGGGCAUAAGAAGCGACCUCGCCUCGUCACGUCCUGCGACAACUGCCGCUUGAAGAAGAUCAAGUGUCUACAGCCUGCCCCAGAGACAAAGUGCGAGGCUUGCAAGGCUGCUAAAGUUGCUUGUCGAUUUAAGGACCGGGAGCGUUACUUUGCUGAGCGAAGUCGGGCCAUAGCUGGGCCUUCACCGUAUGGGGAUGACGCGAGUGCCCGUUCAACCACCACUUCGCCAAAGCCUUCAGGCGUAGUUGUCCCAGAGGGCGACAUUCACUCGCGAAGGUCAUUAGAUACAAGGCGUGGUCCUUCAACUUCUGCCCUACAACCCCAACCGCCGCGAAAUGAUUCAAUAGGUCACCCUCCCAGUCAGCGAACUGUCCACCUAUUCGAUCCCGAGCGGCCCCAGUUCCCGCACCCGACAUAUAUGUCUCAUUUUAUUCAACUUUUCUUCGAACAACUCGCGAGCGAAUUCCCUUUCAUAACCUACGAUGAACUGUCCAGAGACUUUUGGGAUUCUUUAAUGUCCCCUCUGAUGGCUAAUUGCAUCGCCUCGAUGGCCACUCGCUAUUCUACUUUGACCGACCUUACCGUGCGCGGUCUCCAUAAUGUUGCGGAAACCUAUGCCGAGAACGCAAAGGCGAUCUUGAGCUCGAUAGUACAUAUUCCCUCCUUGGACACUCUCCACGGGGUAAUGCUUCUGUCAUGGUCUGAGUAUAAGAACAACCGAAUCUCAGGUUUACGGAGCUACUGCCAGAUGGCAAUGCGCAUGGCGAUUGACAUUGGGUUGUCUGAUCAGAGCUUACUAGCUAGCCUGAGCGAAAACGAACGAAAUCGCAGACGGUCCACUUGGGCAAGUGUGUUACAACUGCACUUGACUGCUUCCUCCUGCAAUCCGUUAAUCCGUAGAAUCAACUUGCUCUUCCUUGCGACCGCGUCUGUCGGGCAUCCCUCUCUGAACCUCAACCUUGCGCAUGGGCUUUGGCUCCCAAUGAGCACCAGCUAUGCAGGUUAUCUUCGCACGGCUGCUCUGGCUAUAGCUGCCUACGACUACCUCCAAACACUACCCUUUGAGUGCCGGAUGCUCUCAACGGCCUGGAGAGAGAGGAGAAUAUCGCUGUCCUUCAUUUUAUUCUCGCUUAUUCGCUAUGUCUCAAUCGCGGCACUCACUGUUUCCAACGUUGGCUUCUUCUCCGAUUCAUUCACACAAGAGCAAUGUCGUCAAUAUUUCCUGGUACCCUCUGUAUUCAAAGGUUUCUGUGCCCAAUUCUACGACAAGACCUCUUCUGACUCCAAAACGACAGUGCUACAAGCUAUGGUGUCCCAGGCUAUCCUGGCCGUCAGAGCUUAUAAUCUGUCCCGCAAAUCCGCGAAUAUCGGUGUCAUGCUACUCUCUAUCUAUUUAAUCUGUUGUACUUUGGAAUGGAUAACAACCCUUCAUGACCGCAGUAUCGGCACGCAAGUGGCGUACAAUUCUGCUAUUGGAAACUGUGCCAGCAAGAGCCCUAACGGUGGCCUUGGAGGCUGGGUGCACUAUGCCGUGGCUAUCAUCUAUGAUUUCGUGACGAGCAUGUUCUGCAUUGUGUUCUUGUUGAAACUUAGGCCUGCAAGCUCUUCGAUAAUGGCACGAGUAGUCCGCAUGAUGCUUGUGGAUGGGCUAUGGUAUUUCCUAGGGCUUGCCCUUGUUAAUAUCACAAACCUCAUAUUCUACCGACAAAUCAACAAGCAAACCUAUGCGACAGUUCAAAUCGCUGUCGAAGUUCAGACUGCAGGAGCGUCAAUGGGAUAUGCAGUGACAUGGAUUAUGAGUUCGAAGCUGAUCAUUCAUCUGCAUGAGGCAUCGCUCAAGGGACGCAACGAAUCUGGUGAUGCGGUGACGGUGACACGGCAAUUAACCUCUGCCCGCGAUGUCAGCAGAGCAAUUCGCUCUCAAUUCGAGUCCAAGAACGGGGAUUUUACUAUACCAGACAUGGAGUCGAGUGCAGGCGAUUUGCAGGAGGAUGUCGAUGUUCAAGUGCGAGUCGAGAAGACAGUCAAGACUGAGUCUGUCGCCCGAGCCUAUGAGCUCGAAGACUAUUCACGUAUGGCUCGGAGUAGUCGUUAUGUAUAA